AUGCGUCUUGUGUUGGCGGCGUGUGUGAACUCGAAGGCUUCCGUAGAGCGAGGUGUCAAGAUGGCGGCUGCAGUACUGGGGCAGUUAGCACCCGCGGACGAUGUGCUCAGCAGCCAGCUCGUGCCUGCACCCAGGCUCGGCUCCGCGCUCCCGCCCGACCCCCGACUCCAGGGAGGCCCCCGACUCCCGCACGGGGUCUGGCGAGGAGCAGCCAUCGAGGAGGCGCGCAGGAGCCGGGCACCCACCGUGGCGGCCAUAGCCAGUGGCUCGAGCACUCCCGGAAGCGACACAGGCCGCGAGAUGACCAGACGCCCGAGGCCGCAGCGGGGACGCGUGGGGCUGCAGGCGGGCUUGGCGGGGCUGCGUGCGUCCGGCUGGCUCUCCUCCGUGGGUUCGGCUAGAAAACUAGCUUUCUGUGAUAUUUUAUGUAAAACUAGUCUCUGUCAAAUGAGUACUUCCAGAAUGCUUCUUUCAUCUCAUAAUGUUUUGCCUCAAUCACAUAUCCACACAAGUACUUCUCUUGACAUCUCUCGAAGAUGGGAGAAGAAGAAUAAAAUUGUUUAUCCUCCACAACUGCCAGGAGAACCUCGCAGACCAGCAGAAAUCUACCACUGUCGAAGACAAAUAAAAUACAGCAAAGACAAGAUGUGGUAUUUGGCAAAGUUGGUAAAAGGAAUGUCCAUUGAUCAGGCUUUGGCUCAGUUGGAAUUCAGUGACAAAAAAGGGGCCCAAAUAGUUAAAGAGGUUCUCUUAGAAGCACAGGAUAUGGCAGUGCGAGACCACAAUGUGGAAUUCAGAUCUAACUUAUAUAUAGCUGAAUCCAAUUCAGGGCGAGGCCAGUACCUGAAACGCAUCCGCUACCAUGGCAGAGGUCGUUUUGGCAUCAUGGAGAAGGUUUAUUGCCAUUAUUUUGUGAAGCUUGUGGAAGGACCCCCACCUGCACCUGUAGCACCAAAGACAGCAGUUGCUCAUGCCAGAGAAUAUAUUCAAGAGCUUCGCAACCGGACCAUCAUU